UGCCGAAUGAGUAUUCAUCUGUAAAGGAGGUUUAUGCGCGAAGCACUCUUUUGGUUUUGUCGGUUUUCACUUUUGAUUCUUUGGGACUGAAACAGUUUGCCGUCUUCCUUUUUCUUCAUGGUGAUGAGGGGGCCCGGUGAUUUCACUUUGUUGUUUAUGAAGGUUGCUUCUUCGUGGAGGAUUCCGGCUUUUUUGUCGGAUUUCGUUUUGGCAAGAGACGCCGGAAGGCUCGGGUUCUGAUUGCAAAGAGGUUGAAACCGAAUGAAAUUGUUGGUUUUCUGUAGUUUUUGUUCAUUUUUGUUCUGUUAGGAGAGUUUUUCUGUGGGGUUUUUGACUGUUGUUUGAUUAUGGUGGAAGAUCUAGAUGAUAUUUGAGAUUUGAUAUGGAAAGCAUUUAUAAGAUUCGAUCCGAUGGCCUUCUGCUGAAGUUUCAUUAAGAAACCAUACAUUUAUCAGUGCAUGAUUGAAGUUUCUGCAGCCAUGGUUGUACCGACUUCUGUGACGAGGAAUUAAUUAAUUCCUUUUUAGAUUUUCAUCGUUGUCGUAUUUAGAGAAAAGGAUUAUUUGGGUGCUGUGAGGUCAAUCUUUUCUUGCAAUGGAGGAGUCUGCGCAUUCUAGCGAUCUGAAUCUGGGAAAUUAUGGUUUGGAUGAAGAAUUUAGGAGUUGUUGUGAGGAAGAUGAGGAUUGGCAGGAUGCAGAGGAAUCUUUACUAGAAGAACGAGUGGAAGGGAGGGAAGAGGUUCCGUUGUGGAUAUGUCAAGGACAAGAAGAAGGCGAUCAAUUCUCAUCAAGGUUAUCUGAUCAACUUCUCCAAGAAGAUGUUGAGGCAUCGUUAAUGGAGUUUGGAGAAAAGUUAGAGGAUUCAAUGAACUUUUCUGAUGGCGUCCACGAACUUGUUACGGAGUGUUCGCUUAGACUGCAUGAAGGAGAUGAUCAAGACUUUGGCCCUAAGUGCUUCAUUAGUCUGUCUAAAGUCCAUGAUGAAGAUGUCUCGGAGAGCACCUUAAGAUUGUGCGAAGGCCAUGAAGAGGUUGUUUCACUAUGCUCACUGGCACUGCCUGAAGACCAUGAGGAAGAUGUUUCCCAGUUUUCACUAAGAUUGUCUGAAGGUGAGGAAGAACGUAUUUUGGAUUGCGAACUAAGAUUCUCUCAAGGCCAUGAUGAUGGUGCUAUGGAUUCCUCACCAAGAUUCUGUGAAGCCAAUGGAAGUGAUGUCUCAGAGACUUCAUUACAACUUUCUGAAGAUGAUGAAGAUAUCUCAGAGUGUUCAUUAAUAUUUUCUGAGGAUCAUGAAGAUGAUAUUUUAAAGUGCUCAAUAAUGUUGUUUGAAAAUCAUGAUGAAGAUGAUGAUGAUGAGUUUUCAGUGAGGAUUUUCUCCAAGGGUGUUUCAAUGUCUGAGAAUUGUGGUUUAGAUUCUAGAAUCUCUGGAAUUGGGGUGAUUAUGGAAAAGCCUCAUGGGGUUCCUUUUCUUCAAGUGCAGAAAAAAUUGGAUUUCUUUGUGGAGGAGUUAAUAGCAGAGCACUUAGCGUUGUUGGAUGGCCUGCUUGAGGCCCUGCGAAAUGGAUGUCGUAAGGUUUUAGCAUUUACAGAUUCUAACGAAGUUUAUCUUUCGAUUACAAGAAGUGAUUCAGUAGAAGGCCAGCUUUUGAUUGCCUUGCGAGAAAGAAUUCAAGAAAUUGCAGAUAAGUUUGAAUCAUUUGUUCUUAAACUGGCUCCUAAAUCUGAGCUUAAGAAGCCAUUGAAGCUGGCCCAAGAAGCAACCGGAAUUCUUUGCCAGUUAAUCGAGUGCUCUACUUGUGGGGAGGACAAGCAUCUAUCUAAAAUGAUAGAGAUGGACUGCUCCCAUGACCUUUGUUUUGAUUGCAUGGGUAUCUAUGUUAAAACUAAAUUCCGGAGCUCACCGAUCGCUGUAAAGUGCCCUCAACCAAAAUGCAAAAGUUACAUUUCAAACAGUGUGUGUAGAUCCUUUCUUCCAUCUUCGUCUUUUGAAUCUUUAGAGGGAGCGCUUGCAGAAACUGAGGCGAGAAACUUGUGGAGAUUUUACUGCCCGUUUCCUGAUUGCUCAAUGCUACUUCACAGCCAUCAUCAUUCGCCCGAUAGGGAGUCCACAUUGAUAAAAUCAAACAUAUAUUGCAUCGAGUGCCCGGAGUGCUGUAGAUUCGUCUGCUCGAGGUGUCAGGUGCCAUGGCAUUCCACAAUGAGGUGUGAGGAGUAUCAAAAUUUGAUUUUUGAUGAGAGAAAUGUUGAAGAUUUAACAUUGCAUCAAUUGGCCCGGCGAAACAGUUGGAGACGAUGCCAGCAAUGCAGACAAAUGCUCGAGCUUGUGGAAGGCUGCUACCGUGUGUCCUGCCGGUGUGGCCAUGAGUUCUGCUUCUCCUGCGGGGCAGAGUAUAGAUAUGGAACUCGGACAUGCCAGUGCGAACUCCAUGAUGAGAACUCUGAAUCCUCUCCAUCUCCAUCUGAACAUGAAACUGAGCUCUGGAGAUGGGAUUGUUUCAAUCCUCUGUCAUCUACCAUUGAUGGCUACACAGAGCAGGAAAAGACUCAGUUGGCUCUGAUCCAAAGGUUUCUCGCCGGUGGGAUCAGCCUCGACCACCACAACCCCUCCCAAUCUCCUCCUCGCUCGUCCGACUCGUACCUCGAUGCUAUCAAGGAUCUUAAUCAGCUUCCAUGGCUUGAGAGCUUCAUUUCAGUCAUUGGUGAUAGCUAUCAGGAAGAUCACAUCUACUGAACUCCUUUAGUUGCUGUGUUUUGUCUUAAAUUUAUUUAUUUUUUUUUUUGUUUUUGCUAAAUAAUCUGCUUCAAAUCCUUAGGCUCCAGAUUUGGUUGAACUGAGUGAAGUUUACAGUGAUAAUUUAUGUAGAACGUUCGGUGUUAUGCGACGAACAUUUAAAAGAUUUAAUCGUAUUAGUGCCUUUACUGUUUA